GAGGAGAGCGAGCGCUAGAAGCCCUUGUCACGUAAAUGCCCGCGGGGCGAAGGCGUGGUGAGCGUGGAUGAAUGCAAGCGUGCACGAAUACUGGAGAAGGCUACGAAUAGUGGACAGCGAUACAGCGAUACUCUCUCCUCUGCUGAAAACGACAGAGAGAUGCAUUGAAUGGGGUUCGAAUAUGCCAGGGGAGACCUAUUUUAAAAUCAAGAAACCAACCAGCUGAAAUACAAGGAAACGCCCAAACCGAAGAUGACGGAGGGGAGACUCUGCCAGGUGCAUCUCCUUGACGACAGGAAACUCGAGCUGCUGGUUCAGCCCAAGCUGUUGUCCCGUGAACUGCUAGAUCUGGUGUCCUCCCAUUUUAACCUCAAAGAGAAGGAAUACUUCGGACUAACGUUUGCUGAUGACAGUGGUCAGUGUAAAUACUUGCAGUUGGACCGGAGAGUUCUGGAACAUGAUUUCUCUAAGAAGGCUACUGGGCCUAUCGCCCUCAACUUCCUGGUCAGGUUUUACAUCGAGAGUAUAACACUGCUGAAAGACAACACGACGGUGGAAUUAUUCUUCCUGAAUGCAAAAGCUGCCGUCUACAAUGGGGAUAUAGAGGUGGAAAGUGAGAAUGUCUUCAAAUUAGCAGCAAACGCCUUGCAGGAAGCAAAGGGGGAUUUCUCAAGUGAUGAAACCACCAGAACGGAACUGAAGAAGCUUCCAACUCUUCCCAACAAGGUGCUAAAGGAGCACCCAUCACUUACAUACUGUGAGGAUCGAGUGAUAGAGCAUUACAAACAGCUGAAAGGAGUCUCCAGAGGACAGGCCAUAGUGAAGUAUUUGACCCUAGUGGAAUCCCUACCUACCUAUGGUGUCCAUUAUUAUGAAGUAAAGGACAAGCAAGGCAUCCCAUGGUGGCUUGGGAUCAGCUACAAAGGAAUUGGCCAGUAUGAUUUGCAGGACAAAUUGAAACCACGGAAGCUGUACCAGUGGAAGCAACUGGAGAACUUGUAUUUUCGGGAGAAGAAAUUUGCUGUUGAGGUGAAUGACCCUCACAGGCGGGCAGUGACGAAGCGUACAUUUGGCCAGACUGGCUUAGUCAUCCACACAUGGUACGCCAGCCACUCAUUGAUCAAAACCAUCUGGGUCAUGGCCAUCAGUCAGCAUCAGUUUUACUUGGACAGAAAGCAAAGCAAGGGUAAAAUAAGUGCAGCGAAAAGUUUGGGUGAUAUUGCCAUGGAUUUAACAGAACAUGGAGGAGGAACCAAGAUAACCAGACUGGGAGAUAACCUAAAGCACAACCUUAUUAUGGCUAGCACUGGCAGUCUGGCGUCAACAGGGUCUGCAGAUUCAGCAGUGGACGAGGAGCAGAAAAAGGAGAAGAUCUCUGAGCUAAAGAAAAAGGAACAAGAGAUCCAAGAUGUCUUGACCCAGAAAACAAAGGAGCUGAAGAAAAUCUGCUUGAGAGAGGCGGAGCUCACGGGCAAACUGCCCAAAGAGUAUCCCCUGUCUGCAGGCGAGAGACCUCCUCAGGUCAGACGGCGAGUUGGCACAGCCUUCAAACUGGAUGACCUCUUCCCAUACAACGAGGACCCUUAUCUGAGGAACCUGGAGAGCAGGUUUGCUCUGCAGCGGAAGAUCGUGGAAGCAGCUAAGAAACUGGCCUCGGAGGCAGAGAUCUGUAAGACGGUGAAGAGGAAGAGGAGGAGGAACUGUCAGGACGCCAUGAGGAAACUGCAGCAGGUCGAGGAUGAGAUGAACAAGUACAGAAUCAAGAAAGGCAAGAAGCCUACCCAAAGAGCCUCUGUGAUUAUCGCAGAUGAGCUUCUCCGUUCAGAGACUAGCUCGCUGUCAGACAGUCAGAUUCUGGAUGACGAUGACUCUGAUGGUGCUCUGAGGCCCCGGUCACAGUCGGUGCAGUGCUCCCCUCAGGUCAGCCCUGCACGUUCUCUGGAUCACCACCACAACAAGAGUCUCAGCAGGUUAGCAGCGUUUGACGGCCAGGAUGCUUCACAUCAUUUUCACCCCAGAGAGGUGUCAUCUGCACACAGCAGCCCCACCAUAACGUUACCCAGAUCUCCACGGGACCCACGCAGCAUGCCCUCCACCCCCGUUAUGACCCGCAACGCCUACAGCAGCAGCCAUCUCAGGUCGGAUGGGAACUCCCAGUCCUUCAGGCACCGCAGUGGCAGUCUGGAGUCCCAGCAACGGAUACUAAAGGAUACCGACUCAGAGAAGCCAGUCUUCACCCUGUCCCCUGCCCGCAGGAGCAACAGCACAGAGGCCCUGGAGGACUGCUCCUCCUUCACCAGUCAGUCCAGCCUGGACUACCCAGGCAACCCCCACUACUGCACCUUGGACUCUCGCACCCGCAACCAUCAGCUGCACAGGAGGGUGGAGGUCUAUGGAAACACAGGCAGUAUGCCUAAUCUGGUCCAGAAUCAUAUUGGCUGUAGUUAUUUGUACGAGCCCCCAGCGCACUAUGCACCGACUGCUUACUACGUGACAGGUUACCCCUGUCCAGACAUGGAGCCCUACUCCAACGGUGCUUACGUGUAUGAGAACGAGAUGGAGGGCCACUACAAUGUCAACCCUUCCUACCAAGUAAACAAUUAUCACAGACACGAGCGCUACAGGACCUAUAGUAGUGAUCGAGCGGACAGCCUUGCUCAGAACCCAUACGCCACCAUGAGAUUGCCCCGGACCAGACAGGGGCCCCGCAACGAGCCCUUGCAGAAGAACAUGCAGAAGGCUCUGGUGGCUGAGCACCUGAGAGGCUGGUACCACCGCAGCGGUGGCCACAGAGAGGCAGGCAGGGGUCUGGCUGGGUAUGACUAUGACAACGGCUCUCAGCUCAGCCUGGGAUACCAGACCAUGCCAGCCCCCUUCAGCCACUCCAGCCGAACCACCUCCUACUCCUCAGUUUCCUCAUCAACCAGCACAGGAAACUGGCGCAGCCAGUUGGCUGUGGGUGUAACAGACUAUGAGAACAUGACAGAGUCACCACAGCACCCUCACCCAGGAGCCCAUGGCAAUUACAACCGCAGCCCCACCCAUACCAGAUUUCCCCCAGAAUGCAAUGUGUUGAAGAGGUCUGAUACAAUGCCAGUAGAGUCAGUAGAGGUGUUUGGUGCUGUGGCCAAUAGCACUGAGGAAGACCAUUAGGCAACUAUUCAAACACAGAAGGAAGAGUAUACAUGGAUGGAAAUUAUAUGGGCAUGCACUGAAGAUAAGAGGACCAAAAGAAUCACUGGCACAAUGACCCCAACAUUGGACGCACAGUUCUCUGGAAGGAUACCAACUAACCUCUGGACAUGCUGCAUUAUGACACUKUUGAAUGACUCUCCCAUGUGCCUUGGAUUAGAUGGAGAUGGAUAUUAUUCAGGAAGACAUGGGAUGUGGUGAUGGCACAAAUGAAAGGUUUUGGUGAUCUGGGAAACCAGCUUCAUCAUUGUGAAUAUUGUGAAGGAUCUACAAACAGCAUUUCAAACCAUGGGAUACCUUUGACCCAAAUAUAUUACCCUAUUGUAUUAUGACAAAAAUAAGUCUUUAAAAAAGUUAUCAUUGUCUUUAUGAUAAUCAGUAAACUGUGUGUUAGGAGUGUAUGAAUAAGGAGUUAAAGCAGGAUACCUCCAAAGUGUGGUGCCAUACAGUACACACAGAGCACUAUUUAGUGAGCUACUCAUUAUACAUGUUGUAAAUCAACUUGACUAUCUUUGUAAAACAUUUAGGUAUACAUUUUGGAGUUACUAUUCACAAAGUGUGAUAACAAAAUAAUAAACCAACCCUUCCUUACUGCAGUCUGUGCGUCCCAGGUUUGUCAGUCAAUGGACUGAUGCGCUCUCUCCUCUCCCAAGUAUGAAUCUGAAUGUACAUGUUGAUAUUGUUUAAYGAUUAUUCAUAGUUUCCUUUUUGUGAUCGUGUUAAUGUGGUGUAAAUUGCUUGCAUGUGAACAUAAACUUUUGAUAAGCAGCUUUUUUGUAUAUUGUAAAAAGAUAUGCCUUAAAAUAAUGUUUCUUUAUUGUUUUUCUUUAUUGUCUUUCUCUACUCAUUUGUACAUUGUCCACAUAUUGUUAGGCUUUGUCAUCUCCUACUCUAAGUGAAAUAUCUCCCAUUUGGAUUUGGGACAUCAAUAAAGAAUCAGUGUGAGACACA